AUGAGACCGGCUUGUGUCAACACAACUGUCAGUGCUAAUCUUCUCUGCAGGCUACAGUGUCUGAUAUCAACAGGCCCUCGAGACACGUCCCGUUCACACCGCGAUAACCACAGGAGAGUGGUGGUGCUCCCGAGCAGUCCUACGAGCAGAAUUAGGAUCCAUAGAGAGGAGGAGACGGAUGGGACGCCUCCGCUCAUCCAUCCAUUCAUCAUUUCGCACAGCUAUCCCUCUCUGCCUCCUGGACCUCCUGUGCCUGCCCUACUAGCUUACGCGGAGGGCGCGAGACUACACCACGAGCUUCGGCUGGUCUGCAGCGGCGGCCGCGAACAACGGUCGCACGCGCAAAACCGGCGAGAGGGGGGCAGCUGGGAAGGACGCUCAGCGGGGAAAGGAAAAAAAAAGCGCCCGUCUGUCAGUGUUAUUCCCCGGUGUGGAUGUGAGACAGUGGGAGUGUGA